AUGUUAAAUUUCAGUAACACAAUUUAUUUGUUCAAUUAUCAACCUACUAUUUAUCGCCCAUAGGGAUAAAAUAAAGAAACUUGCAAAUCUCCUAAUUUUAUAGAUUUUUAUAAAAAAUGUGUUAUUUGUGAAUUACACCAUUGCUUAUAUUGUUUCAAUUAUUUAGCAAGUGAUCCUACAAAAACUACUCUGGGAUUUUAUGAAAGCUAUUCUCUAAUUGAUGAAGAGAUCAAAGUAGGUUGUGCUUAAUGUAAAGAAGGAUUCAUUUUUUAAUUCAGCUCUGGUCAAUGUAUUUAUAAGAGUUAAUCUUAAUAAAAUUUUUUGAGAUCUUUUAUUAAUUUAGAUGAAAAUGAAAUUUGUACAUUAUCUGAUAUUAAUGAUUUCAGUAUUGCUUUAGAAAUACUAAAUUGUCAAAUCCACAUUUUAAAUUGCAAAUAUUGCAUAUACACUCUAUAAUAAACUAUAAAAUCCUUAACUUGUGAGGAUGGUUAUUUAGUAUCAGCCAAUACAGGGAUUCGUUUAAUUCCUAAUUCAAGUGCAAAUUAAAUUAUUUCAAAGAACCAAUAAGAGUUCAAAUUAAUGGUAAAUGUAUUUAAUGUCCUUCUUUAUGUUAAGUUUGUUAAGAGAGAUCAAAGGAGGAAAUAAAUGUAUAUUAUCCUAAUUAAAAUAGUCAAUAAAUCCAUAUUUUUAGAUAACUUCUGAAAAUUUGA